AAAAAAGAUAUACGCUUUAGCUGAAUUUAUUUAAUCGGGAAAUCUAAAAAAUGUGAAUGACCGAAAUGCAUCACGAUGCAGAUUCAGCUUUAGACACUUGCGUGGUUAUUUUGCGACAAAUGAGAGAAAUAGCGGACCACUUAAUGCGUAUGCGCAUGCAGCGAGAACGGAUAGUUCAUCCCCAAUAACCUUGAUGUCGAUCGGAUCUUCCCGCACGACCUACAAGCCCCUCAUAUUCAGCAGGAGAGUCUGCCAUUGCGCAGCAGCCAACUGGGUGAAGGUGGGAAAUCCACUAAGAGCGAGGAUGCUUCUAUAGGCAGUCCGGGUUUAUUUCUUCAGUCAACAUUUUCAGUUUUUACAGGCGAAAUUUACACUGCUGGAAAUCGCCAUCCCCUGCCCGGCUCCCCCACUGUGGUCUGUCUCAGUUAUACUGUCAACCCCCCCACCCCUCCUCCUCUCUGCCUCCUUAAUCUCCCAGAUUGUCGGCGACUUGCUGCAGUCGAUGCUGCAGUUCUGAACCGCUCCUGCGCCGGGACAGCUGACUCAAUGAGAAAGACAUGCUCGCAUUCGUUUUGGUCUCUGGGUCUCUCUGGAUUAUAUUAGAGCUGAGUUCCACCCUGAUGGAGAAGAUGCAGGCCCAGGAGAUGAUGAGUGGCCUGAGGAUACCGGAGAUGGACGAGCUCGGUCAGUUCUUCCGCUCCCUGCCGACCUCCACGCUUGUGGGCAUCGGCGCUCUGACAGCUGUGCUGGCGUACUGGUUAGCCACCAGACCCCGUCCCAUCAAACCCCCCUGCAGCCUUCUGCACCAGUCUGAGGAAGUGCCGCAUGAAGAUGGGGGUCGCAGGUCUAUGAUGGGUGACCCCUCCAAGCUGCUGACUCAUUACCAUGAUGACGCCAAGACCAUGUAUGAGGUUUUCCAGAGAGGCCUGCAUAUAUCUGGUGAUGGACCUUGCUUAGGCUCACGACUCCCCAACCAACCUUACAAAUGGAUGUCCUAUAAGGAGGUGACAGCCCGGGCAGAGCAUCUGGGCUCAGGCCUUCUGCACCAGGGUUGCCAGCCCAAUCCAAACCAGUUCAUAGGGGUGUUCGCUCAGAACAGACCCGAGUGGAUCAUCUCAGAGCUGGCUUGCUACACAUACUCUAUGGUGGUGGUUCCCCUUUAUGACACGCUUGGCCAAGAUGCUAUACGGUUCAUCAUAAACACUGCUGACAUCUCCACAGUCAUCUGUGACAAAAUGGACAAAGCUCGGGUGCUUUUAGAGAAUGUGGAGCGGAAGGAGACCCCCGGCCUGCGAAGAGUCAUCCUGAUGGACGCCUUUGACUCUGACCUCGUGGAGCAAGGCAAGGGCUGCGGUGUCCAUGUGCAGGCCAUGAAAGAAGUGGAGGCCCUGGGUCGAGAUCACUACAGAAAACCUAUACCACCAUCCCCAGAUGACUUGUCUAUUGUGUGUUUCACCAGUGGAACCACAGGAAACCCAAAAGGAGUCAUGCUCACCCAUGGAAACGUGGUAGCCGAUUUCUCAGGCUUCCUUAAAGUAACAGAUAAAGUCAUUUUCCCCAACCAAGACGACUGCCUCAUUUCCUUCCUGCCACUGGCUCACAUGUUUGAGAGACUUAUUGAGUCUGUGGUGUACUGUCAUGGAGGACGGAUUGGGUUUUAUCAGGGCGACAUCCGUCUCCUCCCAGAUGACAUGAAGGCCCUGCGGCCGACCAUUUUCCCCGUGGUGCCUCGACUGCUCAAUCGCAUGUAUGACAAGAUUUUCAGCCAGGCAAACACCCCGUUAAAGCGUUGGCUGCUCAACUUUGCUGCCAAGAGAAAAGGUGCUGAAGUCAGCAGCGGGAUCAUUCGCAGUGACAGCGUCUGGGACAAAAUCUUCUUCAGUAAGAUUCAGGCUAGCUUGGGAGGAAGGCUGAGGAUGAUUAUAACAGGAGCAGCUCCUACCUCACCCACUGUCCUGGGAUUUCUCAGAGCAGCUCUAGGAUGUCAGGUGUAUGAGGCAUAUGGCCAGACAGAGUGCACAGCUGGCUGCACCUUCACAACACCUGGAGACUGGACCCCAGGCCACGUUGGGGCUCCGCUGCCAUGCAACCUCAUUAAACUGGUGGAUGUACCCGAGAAGAACUACUUUGCCUCUAAGGGAGAGGGAGAGGUUUGUGUAAAAGGACCAAACGUGUUUAAGGGCUACCUCAAAGACCCAGAGAGAACAGCGGAGACACUGGAUGCCGAUGGCUGGCUCCACACGGGAGAUAUCGGGAAAUGGCUACCUAAUGGCACGUUGAAGAUCAUUGACAGGAAAAAGCACAUUUUCAAGCUGGCGCAGGGUGAGUACAUCUCCCCUGAGAAGAUCGAGAAUAUCUACAUUAGGAGCGAACCUGUGGCACAGCUAUAUGUUCAUGGAGAUAGUCUGCAGUCCUGUUUGGUAGGAAUAGUUGUUCCUGACCCUGAAACCAUGCCCGAAUGGGCCAAGAAGAGAGGUAUCUUGGGCACCUACGAGGACCUAUGUAAAAACACUGAGUUAAAGAAGGGAAUCCUUGAAGAUUUGGUGCGUCUUGGAAAAGCCAGUGGCCUCCAUUCUUUCGAGCAGGUGAAGAACAUCUACAUUCACAAUGAGAUGUUCUCCAUUCAAAAUGGCCUGCUGACUCCGACGCUAAAGGCUAAGAGACCAGAGCUGAAGGAGUUUUUUAAGGCGAAGAUUGAUGAGCUCUACAACAGCAUCUCUAUGUGAAGGCUGGCGGACCUGAGUUUUCUUAAAGCAACCAAACAACAACAACAGACGCCUUGUCCAGCGACCUGCAGUGGGACAAAGAUGUGUCACCUGGCGCUUAACGUGCUUUCGGAAAGCAAAGCAAAACUGGCCCAACGGUAGAUGAUUAAAAAUGCCUAGAUAAAAACAAAUUAAAGAAAUCAAUAAAGCGAAAUACAAUGCACAUUGUCAUAUGUAUUUCCUUUUUUAUGUACGCAUUCACUGUUUAAUAAUUAAUUGAAAAACAUAUUUUAAAUCGACACUUAAAAUUUUUAGUUCAUAUAAAGGAACUUAUUUCUUUUUUCGUGUGACAUGAAUUUCCAUCACAAAACAAAAGCAAUUUCAGGGGUAGCCAGCAGAGGGCAGCAUGGAGUUACCCAUAAUGAAUGUAAAGAAUGGUUACUGGGAUUUUAUAAAGGGGUGAAAGGAAACUUGUUCUUACUAGAAAUGGAGAUGCAUCAUAAAUGCCAAAACACUCCGAUUAUUUAGGGGGGAAUGAAAUGUUGACUUUAUUAGCUAACAUUAGCUGUAGGGAUACUGCUACUUACUGUGAAUUAAAUUCCAUUUAUCAACUGUCAGUUUUUUAAGGGACAGGUUAAAAAUCUGGGGGAGAACGUCUUGGCACAAUUCACGUGAUGUGCUGAUAGCUGAUUUUUGUGUGCUUACAAAAAACAAUGAUUUAAAAGAGGACAACAAGCUAAUGCUAGCAGUUGCCCCCAUGGUAGGUAGUUAGCCAAUUAUCUUAUUAGUACAUCACUAAUACAAAUAUCAACUGAUUAAAUUCAUAACCAAUGUGUCAGUCAGUUUGAUUUACGCCCAUUAAUUUUAAUGUUAGAUGGAAACUCAUGUCACCGAAAAACUUUCCAUUAAGUUAUUAUAGAGUUUAGUUUUUAACAUUGGCUUCUCACAUGAUUGACACCGUCAGUGUAUACAAAAAAAGGUAAUAACGUACAUGAAACGGUGUGUAUUGUACGAUGUAUUUUUGUUUUCUUUGUUUUAAUUGAGGCAUUUACAUUGCUACCUGCUAUUGACCCAAAAACAAAUACACCCACUCCCCAGCAUCAGAAACUCAGCAUCAUCAUUCCCACUUCCUCAGCUCUUCUUUCCUCUUUAAACCUACCAGCCAAACAAAACCCAUCUGUUUUACAAGAGUAAUACAGUCA